UAAAUCCGCGUGACUGCUCACGAGUUCUAUCGGCAAUAGCACAUCCCUAAAACUGACGGCGAAGGAACCACGAAACGUAGAGCAAGAAAAACGUUAAUAAUUUCCGAUCGAUUAACAAUAAGAAAUUGCGGGCGUAGAUCACGUUCCAGCACCCCACUCCGGCCACGCCCACCGUCCGACGGGGUCACAUAGUUAAUAAAACACCAGAGGCCGGAGAGCUGGGUGGAAAAAAAUCCGCGGAGAAAAGUGACCGAAAAAAAAAAAAUACAGGGGGAGCAGCGAAUAAAAAAAGAGAGAUAAGAAAAGCGAAACGAAACGAAAAGCGAACGAAUAGCACACACUUGUAGAAAAUACGUGUGGAUCAGUAGCAGUGCGUCCGGAUCGCGGGUGGAGAAAAUCUGGGAUGGAUUAGCAGAGCCUGUGGCCGCAACGGAAACGGAAUUUUGCACGGGAACCGAUUGUGUUGUUAGCAAGGAUCGCUGGAUCUGGAGGGUUCCCUUGCCGCAGGAUCCAAGCCGGCCACCAUGUCCUCCGCCUCGGUGAACAUCCAAAUCGUCUCCAUGCCAAAUCUGGCCAAGAUCGAGAGCUUCCUCAAGGAUGUUAGCUAUCGGGAGACGAUCGAGUACAGUGCCAACUUCAAUACACGCCUGUGCAUCGAGCGGCGCCUGCGGUUGCCGUUCCUCGAUCCCCAAACGGGAGUGGCCCAGAACCACUCGCAGCUGUUCCUCGACAAGCGCCAGCGUAUGCCCGGCUUCCGUCAGGGCCAGAUAUACACCUAUCCGGCGGCACGAUGGCGCAAAAGUCGUCGCCAGUACUUGAACAAGAUGUACAGUCGCUUUCCGGAGCGUCCAUUCCAGGCGCUGCGCAAGGAGCACGAGGCUUUGGUGGCCGGCGGCGGCUUGAGUCUGGGCAACCUCAGCCAUCUGACGGGCGGAGGCGGUGGUCUCGGACUGAGCGGCUCCAUGCCCGGCCUGAACAGCGGCCUGGGCAGCUCCUCGUCGCUGACCCUCAACAUGCUGACCGGCGGCGGUGCUGCGGCGCCCACUGUUCUCGGUUCCCUGCACAGCGACACUGCGCACGAUUUCAACGGAGCCUUUAGCCUGGAGGAGUCCAGCUCGCUGGGCGCCGCCGGCGGCGACACCUCCGACAGCAAAGACAGCCAGCAGCAACAGCACCUGGCCGCGGCCGUUGCCGCCAAGGAGGAGCAGCUGCCCAAGGAGUGGUUCUACGACGACAUGGACAUGAACGAUGUGGACUCGCUGGAGGAGCCCAAGUCGCCGGCGGACGAUGAGUAUGACUACGAUCCGCGAUAUGGCAACAAGAAGAGACGCAAACGACGGCCGGGCAAGCGUGGCGGCGAUUCCGGUGGCGGUGGCGGCGGAGGAGGCGGCGGUGGAGGAGGUGGUGGCGGUGGAGGAGCCGGCUCGAGCUCGCGGCGACGCAGUGCAGCCACUAGGACACGAAUCACGACCACAGAUGCCGCGCUGGACGCCUCGCUGGAGGCAAUCGAAUCGGGUGAGAGUGUUCCCGGCAGCAAUGGCACAUCCGGCGGCAUUUUGAGCGGCAGUCUGGGAUCGGCGGGCGCCGGUGGAGCCGGCUCGCUAGGUGGACCCGGCGGUGCCGGACUGGGCGGACUCGGAGGCGGUGCAUCUGGUGCGGCGGCCAAUAAUCGCAGAUCCCGUGGUGCUGGCACACGCGGCCGGCGACGAACCAAAGCCGGUGCUGCCGGCGGUGAUCCGCCCAGUCCUGGUAUGGUCAUCGAGCCGCCAUCCUUCGAGAGUGCCGCUGCGGCGGUGGGCGUGGUCGAGGACGGGAACGCCCACCUGCGCAACUACCGGAAGUAUCUGUAACGCUUCUGUAACUUUCAAAGGGAGAUCGACACCAACUUCUAGGAACGAACCAACAAAUUCCUCCUCCUCCUCCUCCUCCUUCUCUGUUCUCCCUCCGUUCUGUUUAUUUUUUUCUUCACAUUGUUUUUCAAACUAUUCGCUCACCUUAAUUUAAAAAAAACAACAUAGUUUUUAAGUUAUUAGUUCAUUAGACCCGAAAAAAAACAAAACAAAUAUAUAAUGAAGUAAAAAAAAACAAGAGAAAGAAAGAUUUCAAAAGUGGACCAGGACCAGGACCAGGACCAGGAACAGAAACAGGACUAGGAGAAAGGAUCACGAUCAUGAGUUCACAAGCAGGCCGUAGCCAAUACAUUUCCAAUGUUUCGCCUCUCUUAACUUUACGUUCCCAUAGCCAAUUGAUUGUUGUUUUUUAAACUACCAUAGUUGGUUCAGGCGGACCAUCUUAAAAUGUUUAAAAAUUUUAUUUUAUUAUUUUUUAAACUCUAAUGGAAGUGUCUAGUUCCUAAAACUCACCUUCUACAUCCUUCUAAAUUAUAAGAAUUUAUUUUAAACAUGUAUUUUUGUUUAGAAAAACUAUUUGAGGAAGAACUGUAUAUUUUGAUUAGUUUUUUUUUUUUGAAGUUCGCCUGAUUAUACCAAUUAUAUAAUUCAAUUUAUAUAUAUAUAUAUAUAUAUAUAAAUAUGUGUGUAUUUUAUAUAUAAAUAACUAG